GAAAAGAUGAGAGGAUCAUGUCGAAGCCAUGUAACUACUAUUCUUGCCGUAACUUGAAAUGGUCGAGUUCCCGUUAGUCGCUGAUAAUGUAAGUGAAGCUCCAGAUGAAUCUUCUGGAUUGCAGAGGUGGUCGAAACUGCAGCUGAUCUUCCUUUGCGCACUGUUACUACUGUAUGUAAGUACAGAAAGAGGGCAUAACUAUUCGAAAAGAAAAAUGGACCUCCACGUGCUGCAGGGCCUGGAGCAGGCGUCCUCCUCCUCCCUUGACAAAACUCUGAAGGAAGAAAAAGCCCGACGAAAAGACAAGGAAUUCCGCGAAUUUCUGGUGCAUUCCGGUGCGGCGGACUCUCUCCUGAAACUCGUCAUUUCCCUUCGCGAGCACGAGGCGUUCACAAGUGAGAAGUUUCCGCUGUCGACCGAGGAAAAGACCGGGAUUUUGAAACUUUUGUUCGACUUCUACGGAUCCCAGCCAGAUCCGAUAUGGGACGAGAUCGAUUUUUUGAGAAAAUCGAACACCGCCAUGGGACAGGAUCUGGUGACGUUGGGGAAAAGUAUAAAAUGAGACAUAAAAGUUUAGCUGGUUGUAGUGGUUUGGUAAAACAAAAACGACUUUUGUCUUUAAUACUAUGAGAGUCCUCGCAGGAAUACACUUGAAGUACUUUAUUAGAUUCACGCGGUUCAUCUGUGUUGCGCAAACACACAACUAGGUAUCACCAGUGUUGAGCAGGACAUUGCAGUAGUGCAAAGACGAGCUUUCGCGGUCCGGGCAUGGAAAUUCAUCUCCAACCUCGAGGGGACGGAUGAAAGGACAUUAGAUAUCCUGAGUAAAAACAUACCCACACCAGAGUCAGGAUGGGGAUUUUGCAACACAAACCUAGGAGUUUUGUGAGUCACGCAUGACAAGUUGCACUAUGCAGUAGUGCAGGUUAGCAAGUGCAGCCGCAUCACAGAUUCAUCUGCUCAUCCUGUUCACAGCAUCACAAAUUCCAAAACACAAUUGGAAAUGGCUCUCAUGGGGAUGCGCGUUACAAGUCUUCCUGUCUUUGCAAAUCUGCAUUACAACUCUGGCGUGGGUACGUUUUUGCUCAGGAUAUUAGAAGAGGGCCAGACGCUGCAGAAACGAGACGCGAUAAGCGGUAAUUACAAUUAGGGCUACUUAUACUUUGUCAUGCAGAUUUGAACAUAAUGAUAGUCCUUACACACUGCAGUUCAGCAUGACAAACCGAAUCCGAAUUCAUCAUAUACCAAACCGAAGGUAAAGAGUUUCUCACCCGUCUCAUCGGCGCCUACAAGAAGCUCCCACACCCGUCGCUGGUCGAGCUGCCGUCGAUAGAGAAGAAGAAAUUUGUCAACCGAGGGGAUGUGGACGACCGAAUGGCGCUGGUGUUCAUCCCGGAGGCCUUGGGAUUGACGGAGGACAACUCGGCUGGGCCGUUGUAUCCGGAACCGGACGAGGAGUGUUUCGCGAAAAUCGCGGAAGUGCUGGCUGCGCUGCAGGUGGAGGAGUGACAGUGAGGAUUUGUGAUAAAAGACGAAUAAAUUCUCAUUCGCACGUCUGUUGCUGUUCCCAACAUCGGUUUGUCUGAAAGGCAAUGCUAGUACUAAUUGCUUGC